UUUCUCCUGGAAUGUUUGCUAACUUUUGUCAAUACACUACCGCAAACAGUGCAUUCAAACAUUCAUUUCACCACAUUUCUUUGGCAACGUUUCUGUCCGGCCCUGUUGGCGUUUCUGGGAAUACCAGGAGACUCAUCCAGACAACCAUUGACCUCAGGUCAAUCUAAAAUAGUAUACAGCAUCGGCAUUCAAGUGGUCAGACUGGUCGGAAGGGAAAGAGCUCUACGACCCGUUUUAGAGGCCCUCUUCCACAGGAUGUUGCUGCUGCCAACUCCAGCGAAGAGGCUGGAGCCGUUAAGGGCGGCUAGGGAGUUGCUGAGAUCUCCCGGCCGAUUGGCAGAUUUGCUUUUACUCAGCGGACCAAUUCAAAGACAUGCAGGCGAUGAUAUGGCAAUCAUAAGACUGAUAAUGGACUCAAUAGAAGAAUCUUCCCAAUGCAGUGAUACCAGCGUAUUGCUGGCUAGUAUAGAAUGCGUAGGAGCGCUCUUAGGAUCGCUAGAGGCACUCUGCAAAGGCGAGGGUUUGAAUCAA